UAUCUGCACAGUAAGAAAGCUAAGAGGAAGAUCGUCGACGAGCCGGAGAUCAGCUUGGCUCCUGGUCGGGAAAUGUCUGGAUUGGUCAAGAGCAAUCCUCUGCUCGCUGCCUCCAGACACUUCGAAAGCGACACUAACAGCGGUUUAACAGAGAGCGACCUGGGCGAUGACCUUCCACCCAGCGACAAUGAACAAGGUUUCGAAAAU